AUGCUGCAGCGCGUCGCUGGCCGCAAGCAGGAAAUGCUCCGCCUUCUGCGCCUGGCUGCCGGGCACGGAGCAGCGCCGGCGGAAAAGAUGGAGAGCGUCUUUGAGCGGCACUGUGGCUUUGUGGACACGAAGGCGGCGAGUGCAGGGAACGGGCUUGGACCAUCGACGACUGCUGCUGUGUGGCGGGCAGCCGUCUGGCGAUCACUGCAGCUCCACUGCUACUUCACCCUGACCGGCAUCGAAAACGGGAGAGGCGGCAACGCGAAGGAUCGUGUGAUGAGUGUCGUGCCGUUUAACUGGACUUCUACCCUCUGCCAGGUGGCAACUCAGAUUCCGUUCGAGGGCUGGACGGAGCAGGAGCUGCUCGCACGUCUGCGAAGCAACUGGCCGAUCUUAGAGACGUAUGCCCCCGUUUGGUCUACAAGGUACAGUGGUGUCAACUCCCUCGCGCAGCUGGUACACAGGCGCUUCAGCUCUAUCUUGACAGUGACACGGUCUGCCGUGACAGGUGAGGUGCUGUACCACCGUACCGGAUACAACAGCGUUUCGGUAACCUGGCGGGCGUCAGCAGAUGCAUCAGCCAAGACACAAGCCCCGUCUGGUGCUCCAGGGACCAACGAGGCGUCCGCUGCCCUUCAGUACGCCUUGCACACACUUGGCCGCGGCCACCAGCUGCCGGUGUGGACGGAUGUCGACCAGGUGGCACCGCUGUUGCCAGCUCAAUCGGGUCUGGCCGAUGGACGUCCGUCCACGUGGCAGGAGGCGUUCGCCAAGGACGCAGAGCUGCGCGGCACCUUUCAGCUCGAGGGUUACGUGCGCGUACGGGCCACUCAAGGCCACCAGCGGUUUAUGGCUAUCGUGGACUGCACCUCCGUUUCAAGUGCUGAGCUGAGGGCGUUACUCAGGCAACAUCCCAUGCGGGGCGGCGGCGUCAGCGUGAAACUCCUGCUACGUAAUGGCAUGGCGCCGGAGUCGCAUGAAGCGUACGUGCAGACCUGCAAGGAGGUUUCGGGACCCUCCACCCUCAUCGAAGACGUACUCGUGGACGCGUUGUUGGAGCCGGAGCAUCUUCUCGCUGCACUCCUCGAGGCGGUGACAACGGAUAUGGCACGCGACGUGGCGAGUGCGGCGAAACCGGCAAAGGGCACCGCAGUAUCAGAGGAUGGCGAGUCCGAAGCGUCAGAGAAAGGUGGCAUGCUGUUGCCAUCAUCUCCAGUAACUCCUGUGCCCGUCAUGGUGCUCUGUGGCGCGGCAUCCCGUGAGGCGUUUGCGGCAGUGGUGAAGGAGGUACCCUCGUCGAAGGUGGCGAUAACCGUGCUCACACCCGAGGCGCUGGCGCAUGCGUAG